AUGAUGUGCUCGAGACUCUCGGAAGAGGACGUUUUUCACCACGUUUGUAAAGAAAACGAAUUUUCUCACAAGCUGAGCAAUCUGGUAGAACUCAUACGCAGGCUACGCAACUUACAAAUCCAUAAUUAUGAGCCUCAAGAAAGUCUUCUGUCUGCUUGUGUUCGUUACAGGCGCAGCGGCAAUCGAGUGCCCCGCUCGCUACGAGGUCGUUGGGUCCAAGUGCAUCCACCGCCUGCCUGGUGGUUACCUCACGCACGACUUGCUACUGAUGUUGCUACUUAUGUCGACGAUGGAUACUUAGCGGACGCCAUCAACGGCUACUGGCUGGGCGCCACCAACUCGUCGGUGAACUACGUCUGGCAGUGGAACGACGGCACCGCCGUGCAGAUAGGCGCUCCGUUCUGGGCUUACAAUUGGGCCGCUGGUGGGAAGACAGAGCCCAACAACGCCUUUACGGGAGAAAACUGCGCGAUGAUAGGCGCCCCCCGAGGCUGGCUGCUCAAUGACUUGAUGUGUACCUCAUCAGGCUUCGUCGUUUACGCAUUGUGCUCAAGAACUCCGACGAAUGGUUUGUGCGCCACUCCGUACGUCUUGGUGGGCAAACAGUGCAUUCAUUUGCUUCUGGCCAAUUAUGAUAGCUGGCGCGCUGCGCGCACCGCAUGUGGAGCGACAGGAGGAGAUCUAAUAAUUCUAGAGGACUGCGACCAGUACAGCAAGGUUACCUCCUACUUAAUCCAUCAAGGCUACAACCCUGAAGGAUAUUGGAUCGGUGGCUCGGAUGAAGCCUUAGAGGGACAGUGGUGCUGGAUUGACGGUUCUCCAAUGACAAUGGGGCUGCCAUACUGGGCAAAUGUAGUUCAGGUAUUUAUACAGUAAUCGUUUGAAUUGUGAUACGUUAUGAAACUUUGCUAGUGAA